AUGGUCGGAGCCUUCAAGACCGCUCCAGGCAGCUACAUCCAUAUCUUCAUGGCAGUUGACAAAUUCACCAAGUGGAUUGAGGUUAAGGCUAAAGCCGCUCAAUUCAUGGAGGAAAUUAUGCACCGCUUUGGUAUACCUAAUAGGAUCAUCACCGACCUUGGCAAGCAGUUCACAGGCUCUGAGUUCUGUGACUUUUGCCAGGACAAUCUCAUCGAUGUGUACUACUCCUCUGUAGCGCACCUGCGCUGCAAUGGUCAGGUCGAACGUGCGAAUGGGAUGGUCCUCCAGUCCCUCAAGUCUCGCAUCUUCGACGAUGCAUCCAAGUACGCCACCAAGUGGCUACACAAGCUACCCCAUGUCAUCUGGGGCCUACGAACACAGAAGAGCCGGGCUACCAACUACACCCCUUUCUUUAUGAUGUAUGGCUAA